AUAACGCAGUUUCAUUAUAACCAAUUCCGAAUAAAAUAAAAGAAUGGCGCAUUUUUCUGUCGCCUCACUCACCCAAGUUGUUUUGUUGUCGGUUUUCAUCUGUUGGACGUCGAGUUCGACUGGCGCUGCCUUUUCCUUGGAGGAAGAAUUCCUACAACUGAAGGAAAAUUAUUUUCAAAUGAAACAAGUCGUGAAAAAUUUGGAGGCCAGAGAUGAAAAAUUGAAAAGUUUGGAAUCGACAGCGAUUGAACAGCAGGCCAAAAUGACACAACUGGAGGCGCAACUUGAACUAAAUAAUGAACAAAGACAAGAUUUGGCAUUGAAAGUAAUUCAAUUAGAAGCCAAAAAUGUCCAACUGGAAGUCAAAAUUCAGGACCAAGAAAGAAGAUUAACUUCCCUGUUGGAAGCCGCUGAACUUCCGGUUUCCACUGAUUCAAAAUUAUUUCCAGUUAAUAAAGAAAUUUCAAUUCAAUCAAAUGGAAGGAGCGGAAUUCCAAGGACAUGCAGAGAACUCCGUGCGGCCGAUCCUUCACUUUCAUCCGGAAUGCACUGGAUCGAUCCGGACGGACAAGGUGUCGGCGAUGAUCCAAUUUACGUUUACUGCGAUAUGACAUCAGGAUCGACCUCAAUUCUACACGAUAGUGAAUCUUCUUUAAAUGUGGGCCACUGCGCCGAUGCCGGGUGCUAUUCCCGUUCCAUCAACUACAAUUCGUCAAUGGGACAAAUAAAAGCUUUGAUGGAAUUAUCCACUGAAUGCCAUCAGUCGAUUAGAUAUGAUUGCAACUAUGCCCCAUUUGAGUCAAAUGGCGUCGCCUAUUCCUGGUGGAACGACAGAGAAGGAAAUGCGCAAUACUUUUGGGCCGGAAGUAACACGGACGGAAUUCACACCUGCCAGUGCGGAAUUGAUGGAAACUGUGUCGAUUCAGCUGUGAAAUGCAACUGUGAUGCUCUUGCACCACUUCAAUUAGUCGACGACGGUGUCAUUACUAACAAAAAUGUUCUGCCCGUCACUCGUUUGAAUUUCGGACGAACUCAACUGGAAACUUCAUCCGGCGUCCACACGCUGGGCAGACUCGUGUGCACCGGUUUAGUGACUUUGACUGGACUGCCAAAGUCGUGCCAGGAUUUGUGGUUAAUUGGCCACACCCUGAAUGGAUUUUAUUCCGUCAUGGGAUCGGCGAAAAUGGAAUCUGUUUACUGCGAUUUCACUAAACCCUUUGACGAUGGGGGUUUUCAGAAAUGGAUUGGAUAUGUCGACGUCAAAUCGGCGCCCGUCCAUUUCUACGUCCAGAGAAAUUAUUCAUUUUACACACAAGACACUCCGAUUCCGUUCGAUUUGGCGUUGGUGAACGAGGGAAAUGCCAUGAAUUUGACAUCGGGGAAAUUCACGGCACCGCGACCGGGAAUUUAUUUUUUCUCUUUCGCGGGAGCGGCGUAUUCUAAAUCUUCAUCAUAUUCUGUUUAUUUGUAUUCGUCUCUUUAUUUGAACGGGAAUCGAAUCGGGUCGAGUAAUGUUGAAGAGUAUAACGCCCCCGUUGAUCAAAAUAGUCCGUUGACUCUCCAGUCGACACUGAAACUGAAAACAGGCGAUCGAGUCUGGAUGCAGAUUGAAUAUACUUAUGGUUCAACCUCGUUUUUGUAUGACAUCAGUUCCCACCUCACCCAUUUCACGGGUUUCAUGUUGGAGGAGGAAAUCAUCGCGUCCCUUUGAGGUUUCAGGUUCAACAUUUAAAAUUCGCAAAAUGAACGUCGACACGAAAAUUUGGAGGAGGGAAUUUUAAAGGGGAUGGGUAGAAAAUGCAUUCGACUCUAAUUCAUUAAGGGAUGGGAAUUUCUUUACCAAAAUCAUACUGUGGAUGUAAUUACACUUAGUAAAUACACAAGCCAAGUUUCAACAUUCUAUCUGCAAAACUCUAGACGUUAUGAACAAAAAACCAAUUUUGAUUGCCAGAUUGACAAAAAGUGGGUGGACUUGGAAUGAGAGAAAAUUUAUUCGUCUCUAAUUCACUUACGGAAUAGAAUUUUCAAAUAAUUUUUUUUACUGAUGAAUUCACAUUUCAAUUGUGCAAUCGUCCAGGAAAAAUCGCUUUUCUAUCUUUAAAAAUAUGGGCAGGAGACGUGAAAAACUCAUUUUGAUUGCCAGAUUUCCCCCCCAAGAAAUUAAAAUGUCUCAAUUUGCAUCGCAGCUCGAAAUUAAAUCAAAUAAACACGAGAAUAAAACUUUUACUACGUA